CAGGGGUGCUGCAUGAGGGGCCGCAGGGGCGACCGCAUGACCAUCAGCAUCCAGGAGCACAUGGCCAUCAACGUGUGCCCUGGGCCCAUCCGGCCCAUCCGCCAGAUCUCCGACUACUUCCCUCGCCGCCGUGGCCCUGGGCCUGAAGGGGGCGGUGGGGGCAGUGGGGAGGCCCCAGCCCACCUCGGCCCCCUGGCUCUGGCCCCCCCUGCUGCUCUCCUUGGAGCAGCCACUCCUGAGGACGGAGCUGAGGUGGACAGCUAUGACUCGGAUGAUACUACCGCUCUGGGCACCCUGGAGUUUGAUCUCCUCUAUGAUCAGGCUUCCUGCACGCUGCACUGUCGAAUCCUCAGGGCCAAGGGCCUGAAGCCCAUGGAUUUCAACGGCCUGGCUGACCCCUACGUUAAGCUGCACCUUCUGCCUGGAGCCUGCAAGGCCAACAAGCUAAAAACAAAGACACAGAGAAACACGCUGAAUCCUGUGUGGAACGAGGAUCUGACAUACAGUGGAAUCACAGACGACGACAUCACUCACAAGGUGCUCAGGAUCUCUGUCUGUGACGAGGACAAGCUGAGCCACAAUGAGUUUAUCGGGGAGAUUCGAGUGCCCCUCCGCCGCCUCAAGCCUUCACAAAAGAAGCAUUUUAACAUCUGCCUCGAGCGCCAGGUCCCGCUGGCUUCACCCUCUUCCAUGUCUGCGGCCCUGAGAGGUAUCUCCUGUUACCUGAAGGAGCUAGAGCAGGCAGAACAGGGCCCUGGGCUGCUGGAAGAGCGUGGGCGCAUCCUGUUGAGACUCAACUACAGCUCUCGUCGCAGGGGGCUGCUGGUGGGUGUCAUUCGCUGUGCCCACCUGGCCGCCAUGGAUGUCAACGGCUACUCUGAUCCUUAUGUUAAGACGUACUUGAGACCAGAUGUGGAUAAGAGAUCCAAGCACAAGACAUGUGUGAAGAAGAAGACUCUAAACCCCGAAUUUAAUGAGGAGUUUUUCUAUGAGAUGGAGCUCUCCACCCUGGCCACUAAGACUCUGGAAGUCACAGUUUGGGACUAUGACAUUGGGAAAUCCAACGACUUCAUAGGUGGUGUGUCUCUGGGGCCAGGUGCCCGAGGAGAGGCCCGGAAGCACUGGAGUGACUGUCUGCAGCAGCCAGACACAGCCUUGGAGCGCUGGCACACCCUGACCAGUGAGCUACCCCCCGCGGCUGGGGCUCUGCCCUCGGCCUGAGUGAACAGCAAUUGUCCAGCAUGGGCGCCCUGGGCUGGGGCCAGUACCCAAUCUUCGCACGACUGUGUUGCACGUUUACAUGGGGUAGGAUGCCCCUGCCCUGCACUAACUGUCUUAUUUUUGUGAGCAUCUCCGUGACUGUGGGUCUGUCUUCUUGUGAGGGACUGUGGAGAUCUAUAUUCACAUAUGCAAACUUCCUUCUGCCUGACUCGCUGUUACCUGCAAAUAUGCAAAACCACCCCAUGCACACUGGCAGAAGCCCCGCUGGCACCCUGCCUGCCCUGCUGCUGCUCUCUCCUGCCUCUCCAGGCUGCCCCGGCCCCACCCCACGAGGAGGAGGUCGGAUUAGGGGAGGUUUGGAGGAGAAUGUUUCUGAAAAAGGACAAGAAAAAAAAACAAGAGCCAAUCCUUUAAUACAGAAUCUUCAUUUAAAAAAAAGUCCUAGCCCUGUAACAGCUGCCCUUUUAAAGGGGUGGCCACACCACAGGGUCUCUGCCUCCCUAAGAGAUGGCAGAUGCCCCUGGCCACUCGUUUAAAUAACUGUCCCCUAGCAGGGGUUGGGAUGUGAGGGGAGUGCCCCUGCCACCUUCCUGGGGGACAUUCGUGCAUGUUUAUGCCUUUUUUGAUUGUGUCAGUGGCCAAAGCACGGCACUGGGCAUCAAUAAACACCUCUGAGGAA